UAGCUAAAUGUUCUGACAUUAUUCUCAUAAAAACCACUGAUAAGGGUUGCCUUAGUAAUUUGAAAUAAGCUCUGUCAAACGUAGCAUGAGUAAGGCGAAAACGACAAAAAAUACCUUCUAUCUGCUCGUGGACUACUCAUGGCCCCAAUCUGCUCCCAGGUGUCCUCCGCCACCGAUUUUCACCGUAUAAAAUCGCCGAAACUGGAUGAGGCGGCGGAGACGAAAGACUCUUCGAAAUCCGCUAUACGAUCGGAGACGGGUACCGGAUUUGAUGACGACUCUAGUGAUUACGAAUUUGGUGCUCUGAGCCCUCAAGAAGUUGAGGAACUGGAUGGACUGUGCGACUUUGCUCUUUCUCUUUGUGAGACUCAACAUGUCUCUUCCGUCACUGAGUCCGACCAUAGAAAACCGAAACUGGAUUACGGAGAUAAAGAUGAGGCGGCGGAGAAGGAGUCUUUGAAGUCCGCUAAACGAUGGGAGACAGGUGCUGGAUUUGAUGACGACUCUAGUGAUGACUUUGGUUAUAAUGAUGAGCCGGCAGAGACGAACGACACUUCAAAGUCUGCUAUACAAGGGGAGACAGGUACCAUAUUUGAUGGCAACUCUAGUGAUGAAGACAUGGGUCUCAUGCCUUGCCCUCUAGAAAUUGGAGAAGCGGUUGAACUGUCCGAUUUUGCACUUUCUCUUUAUGAGACACAACAUCCAGGAGAUUGUUGGAAGUUUGAGAGCUUGCAUGGGGGGUACCGGUGGGACGAGUGGCUUCUUUCUACCGAUCAUUAUCACCUUGAAUUUUUUGGCAAAAAGGCAGAUUGUAAAUCUAUACGAAAUUUUGUGGUGGAUGUCAUUUGUUGUCGUUUUGGGGCACAUGAAAAAUUAACAGUACACCAAUGUGUCUUGCUGAAAGAUGAUGAGGUGGAGCCGAUGGAUGAAAAUAUUAAGGAGAAGGUGAGCAUGGAGACUGGCCGAAUUUUCCAACUUUCACAUGAAGAGCUCCAGAAAGAUUAUGAAAAAAUUGUUGAAUUCUGCAAAUCUGCCCUCACUUACUAUGAGGAGCUCCAUUCCGGAGAAGCUUAUGAGUUUGUGGAGAUACAGACGGCGAGACGCUCUAUCAUUAGAGGCAUUUUUAUAUUUCAUGCGAAAAAGAAGGCCGAUGCUACUCUUGCAACCUUUAAAGCUUAUACUCAUCAUCGCGUUCUACGUACAGACAUAGACGUCUUGGGCUCUUUUACGCAAUGUCGUUGCAGAAGACUCUAAGCACCUACAAUACCGCUUUUAAGUCGCUUUGAGUAGUUUAUUGCAUUUUGUUUUUAACAAUAUAUUAUCUAUAACAAAUUGAUGAGUUUUCAUAUGAUGUUGAUUACAAACUUUUAGUAUUAAAUGCACUAAUUAUAUAAAUGAUUAAUUAACAAUGUCUUAAAAGUAA